CCUUGUUAGCUCCCACAGCAGGAAUCACAUGACCCAUUCACGUCCUGUCUGCUGCAAAUAAAAGCUACACACUCCGAGAAACUAGGUGCGUGCCAUUACUAUUUUCUUUGGGUUUUUACAAGGAGGCUAAUGCUACAGGUAAAGUUUUGGUUGAAUUGCAUGCUUGUGUCAAAGUUGUCGCAAGCUUAUGAUCAACUCACGCCGUCUAGUAAUCCCGUUUUACUGCUCUGGGAUGGUACAGUUCCCUUCAUAAGAGUAAAGUCUGAUUGAGGUGUGUUAGGUCCUGAACUACUUCGAGUCUGAGCUCUUCCGGACAAGCAACACGUUUUCUCUUUCUUUGUGUUUUUUUUAUGCAGGACGAUGAAGCUUAUUAUCCUCAAUGACUACGACCAGGCAAGCGAGUGGGCUGCAAAGUACAUCAGAAACAAGAUUUUACAGUUUAGACCCGGUCCAGAUAAAUAUUUCACCCUGGGACUCCCCACAGGUGAGUAGAAACUUAACCAUCGUGUUCGUAAUAGUGUGAAAACUUGAUAUACUUGAUCACAGUGUUAUAAAAUGGGGUAGAGUCAGCGCUAAUUCCCACCACAUCUGCUGAGUCAGGACUAAAAACAGAAAUAGCCACAGGGUCACAUCCCUUUUGCAUUUCUUGAAAAUGUGCCUCAAUCUCAACUGAAAGUGCACAACUGUCAAAGUAAUAAGCCACUAAUUAAAUCAAAGUACUUUUGUUUCCAGCAGAAACUCAGUGUAUGGAUCAAGAGAUACUGUGAAUUGCUAUCCUGUGUUCCCUUAAAGACUGUUUUGACAACUAAUCAUAGCAUGUGACCUGUUUUGCAUACAAACUUCAAGAGCCAAGUAAUGAAAAGAUGCAAUUAUAAGUCUCCUAAAAUGGAAAGACAAGUACUUUAUGCUUUGUAAGCCUUUGCCUGUCUGUAGGAAGCACCCCCCUUGGAUGUUACAAAAAACUGAUUGAGUACUACAAGAAUGGAGAAAUUUCUUUCCAGUAUGUGAAAACAUUCAACAUGGAUGAAUAUGUAGGUAAGUCUUCGUCCAUUCUCUCGCUCCACAUAAAACAGUAACACAUUGUCACCUUACGAAAAUAAUGGCGUAAGUCAUUUUUUGACGAAAAUAAGUUUUUGGCCUAAAUCACCUCUUGAUAAUACUGGCCAUAUCUGGUAAAAUCACCUAGACAUCCUUAGUUGAAAGGAUCAUGGCAUGAUGCUUUCAACUAAGGAUUUAAGCUAUUUUACCAGAGAUGGCCAGUAUUUAGGCCAAAAACUUAUUUUCGUCAAAAAAAGGACUUAGGCCAUUAUUUUAAUAGGGCGACGACAUUGGGGGAUAUUUGAAAGGUGUAAUUUUGCAUAUUGAGAUUUCAAUAAUUCCUGUUUAGGUCUUCCCAGAGAUCACCCAGAGAGCUACCACUCCUUUAUGUGGAAUAACCUCUUCAAGCACAUAGAUAUUAGAGCAGAGAAUACCCACAUCCUCGAUGGUAAUGCUGCUGACCUGCAAGUAGAAUGUGACGCCUUUGAGGAAAAGAUAACAGCAGCAGGGGGGAUUGAGCUCUUUGUUGGAGGUAUUACAUUGAAGUUACUUCAUACAGCAAUCCAUUUUAUUACUGCGCCAUUCUGCUAACAAUAGACUCCCCCUCCUUAUCCUGUUAGGUAUUGGACCUGAUGGCCACAUUGCCUUCAAUGAGCCCGGUUCAAGCCUGUCUUCUAGGACGAGAGUGAAGACCCUGGCACAGGACACGAUAAUAGCUAAUGCCCGAUUCUUUGAAGGCAACCUUUCAAAGGUGCCCACGAUGGCUCUGACUGUCGGAGUCGGCACUGUCAUGGAUGCAAAAGAGGUUAGAGGGCUAUAUAAACAACUAUUUGUCCUGUGUUUGUGCUUAAGGUUCAACUCCUGUUGCUUAUUUUCUGCAAAUACACCAUAGAUCAGGAAGGAUCAAUUUCCUUUCAGAACUUGCUUUUAGCUGCACUAUACAGCAUUGCUCAAUGGUCUUAUCUCCAUGACUCAACAUAAAGCACCAAUUGCAAGUUGUGUGUGUGCUCAGGCCAAAGGUCACCUUUCCAAUUUCUUCUCAGGUCAUGAUUCUGAUCACCGGAGCACACAAGGCAUUUGCUCUAUACAAAGCUAUAGAGGACGGUGUGAAUCACAUGUGGACAGUGUCAGCGUUCCAGCAGCAUCCACAGACGGUUUUUGUAUGCGACGAAGAUGCCACUCUAGAGCUGCGUGUCAAAACUGUGAAGUACUUCAAAGGUGUGAUUAAAUCGCAAACCAACAGUGCCUGAUUCGUUAUACUUCACUUUCAAAAUCAGGCAGCUAUGUUACCACCAAGCAAAAAUAUCAGCAAAACAGGAAUAAUGCAAAGUAAACAUGCUGAUUCUGUUUCUUUUUUUUUUUUCUUUUUAAGGGAUGAUGCACGUGCACAACAAGCUGGUGGAGCCACCGUCUUCAGGCCAAAAGAAGAACUGAGAUGUUUUUCUCCAAUCUUUGUUUAUCAUUUUUAAAAAUUGACACUCUCAUGAUUCCUUAAUCUUUCUGUGAAGAAUGCCUACCGAGCAGUGCUUGGUGUUUCUUUUACUAAUUCUUGUGAAAUAAUCUGGUUCUGUUGGCCUUUUAGGUUUUUCAUGUGACAGUAACGCUUUGUCUCUUAUUUGUUCUUUGUAAUAAAAUGCACUCAAUUUGUAAAUCCCUCUUUGUCUGUGUAUGUGGUUUGGGAUGGUGCUGAGGAAUACAUUCUGUUCCUGCUGUCACAUGACAACACGGAACAACAAAUGAUGCCUUUAAGUGAUCCUCGGAGAUUUUGUUAUUGGAGAUUUAUGACCGAACAAUACUCAAAUCAACGUUUUUUAUUACUUUUAUUUUUGAAAAAAAAAUGGCAUUGUAGUAGUUUAUAAAGAAAUAAAGCAGAGCUUUUCUUGAAAGAUGUUACAUUUGGUCUAUUAGAUCAAUCCAAUCAAGUUAUAAACGUGUAAUUAGUAACUACCAUAGACUGUAUGUAGCAACAUUUUUCUUCAGCUUGCUAUAAUUUACUAAAGCGGAGUGAUUUCUUUAAAUGUGUACUUUUCCAUUCAAAGCAAAUGCUAAGGUUAAGAAACUGUAGCUAAAUAAGUUACAUCUAAUAUGAUGUUAACCACUUGACAGUGAACUUUAUUUACAUGUUUUUAUAACUAUUAUGUUGGAACAACAGAGAAUAGCCGUGAUGCAGAGGAAAACAUAAAAAUAUCGCUGAGUAAUUAAAUACUACUGUAUGUACUCUUAUUAAAAUAGCCUUUUUAAAUCA